AUGAAGUGGUUCGUCUCCACCGUCGCCUUUCUGGCUGUCCAAGUCGUCUCGGCUUCCCCCAGCUUGACGAAGAGAGCUUCAGUGAACGAUGUCGCUACCCUUGGAUUCGCUACCCUCAAUGGCGGAACCACUGGCGGUGCAGGAGGUCCUACAACUACCGUCUCCACCCUCGAUGCGCUUACUUCCGCUGUUGCUGGAGACGCCAAAAAGACAGUUAUAAUCUCAGGUUAUAUCACUGGUGACGCGAUCGUUCUCGUCGGGUCCAACACAUCCGUUCUUGGACGCAAUGCAGUACUUACCGGAAUUGGAUUGCGCGUGCUCAAUGUCACGAAUGUCAUCAUCCGAAACGUGAAAAUCGCGAAGGUCCUCGCUCCGGGAGACAACAUCGGUAUCCAGUCGGCGCAUCAGGUAUGGGUUGACCACGUUGACCUCUCUAGCGACCGAGAUCACAACAAAGACUUCUACGAUGGGCUUCUUGAUAUCACCCAUGGCUGCACGGGUGUCACUGUCACCAACUCUGUCCUGCACGACCACUGGAAGGGUUCCCUCGUUGGACAUUCGGACAGCAACGGAAAAGAAGAUGUAGCCAUCACUGUCACCUACGCAAACAACUACUUCUUCAACAUCAACUCCAGGACCCCGUCAUUCCGCUUCGGAACGGGACAUCUCUUCAACAAUGUAUUUGACAACAAUGGGGAUGGAAUUAACACCCGCGACGGUGCCCAGCUCCUCAUUGAAAACAAUGUUUGGUCUGCCUCGAAGAAGCCCAUAUUCUCCACCGACGAGGGCUUUGCUGUCCAACGCGGGAACGACUUAGGUGGCGUCAAAGGCACCGUCAACGACACUGUCGCCGUCGGCACAUUCACAUCUCCGCCAUACUCGUACUCCCUAACCGCGACUGGUAGCGUCAGAUCAGCAGUUGUCGGAGGAGUUGGAGCUACGAUUUCUUUCUAA